AUGGCGGCCUCAUCCUCGGCGGCGACGGCGGCAGCCCUGGACACCUGGUGGGACGAUGUGAACAACUCACCGCUGUGGUGGGACCGCACCUUCCACGCCCUCGCCGCGCUCUAUGGCGUCAUUGCAGUCGCCCCGCGCCGUGUUCUGGUGGCUGGGGUAAAGAAGGCGGAGGUGGACACCACUACUGAACAUAAUGCACCAAGAGAGGCAACAACGCCAAGGACUAGAGCAGCUGUUGCCAGGGAGAAAGCACAAGCUGCAGCCAGGGAAGCAGAAGCAGCACAAGCAGCUGCCAGGCACGCAGCUGAAGUAGCAGAAGCUGCUGCAAGGGAAGCAGAAGGUGCAAACCGAAGUGUUGUUGCAAGGGAUGCUGCUGCAACGGGACCAGAUGUUGCACAAGCAACUAAACCCCUUGGACCAACUACAAAGAGGAGGCUAGCUAUGGAAACAACAACUGAAAUGUGCCUGUACCAGCCACCAAAGAAGAUGACUCCAAGAAAAAAGCAACUGGCUACAAAGGUGACAAAGGACUCACCAACAAAUCCUCCCAAACAAUAAGCUGUGAUGGUUGGUAGUGUCAUUUUGUGGCAGAAAGACGGCCAACACUUUUGUGUACUGGAUUCGUUAUGGCCAAAACUGAAAAUGGCCAGCGAACUGAGAUGUGUGAAAUGGCCAGUGAAAUGUGCAAUGGCCAUUGAACUGUGUAGUGGCCACUAAACUUGUUAUGUGUGAAUGGCCAGUGAACUGUAUAAUGCCCAGUGAAGUGUUUAAUGGCCACUAAACUUGUAAUGUGUGAAUGGCCAGUGAAGUGUUUAAUGCC